CAAAUGGGGCCCAGUGCUUUUCUGACUCAUGCUACUUCCCAUGAUCCACUCCUGGAUUUACAACAUGGCGACCAGAGUCACUAUGGAGGCAUUUAGACUGCUUACAUCAUCCAGAGCGUGUACUUAUCGAUUUUAUGGCAGUCUCAGUUGCACGUGGUGUGUGUCCCUCCAAAGAUGGCGGUUCUGUACGCGAUAUAAUUCAACCUUAGCAGCUCCCUCGCCCGAUGAAUCGCCCAAGGAAUAUUCUGAAAAGAUCACAAAUAUUGUGGAUGAAAUAUCAAAACUUACACUCAUAGAAGUUGCUGAUUUGAAUGAGCUGCUAAAGAAAACACUCAAAAUAGAGGGUGCUCCAAUGAUGCCAAUGAUGGGAGCUAUGCCUGUUGCAGCUGCACCAGCCCAGGAGGUAGAUGCUGAACCGGAGAGACCUCCUCCAACAGAGUUCAUCGUCAGGUUAACUCAGUUUGAUGCUGCAAACAAAGUCAAGUUAAUAAAGGAAAUCAAGAAUCUUGUACCAGGGCUUAACUUAGUUCAGGCCAAAAAAUUUAUUGAUGAGCUACCAACAAAUGUGAAAGAAAAUGUGAGCAAAGAAGAAGCUGAAGAAGUAAAAAAGGCUUUGGAAGCUGCAGGAGGAACAGUGGAAAUAGAUUUUUGAAGCAUUGUACAAUUGGCCUGAUUAUUAAAAUUCACUUUUCAGUAGAAUUAACAUUGCCCAUUGCUCUCUCUCUCUCCCAACUGUUAUGCUGAUGUUGAAGCCAGAAUAAAAUAUUAUUAAAAGUAUAAACAUAUUGCCAUCACCUGCAACACAGCUCUUCUGUUUGUAGUUUUUCUCUCACAACUAAACAUUCUAAAGAAUCAAGAUGGUCCACCUUAAGACCACAGGAGGGCUGUGUACAAAAGCACAGCACUUUUUGUUUUAGUAUGUGAAAAACUUUACAGCUGUACAUCAAAAAGCCAAUUGUUACCCAUAUCAUGGGAUAGCAGUUAGAUCUGAGGACAAUGGGAUGUUGACCUGCACAUCAUAGCGCAACACUGUUUAGCCUUCAAGCAUUGCACUGAAGGUAAAGCUGUGCACUUUUCAGCUUGAAGCUUUGUUAUUUGGAUAAAAGUUUUUUUCAUGCUUUUAAAUAGGGGAGCAAGUAACUGGAACAUGGACUGCUGAUCCUCACUUCCAUUGAUUUGUCUUGUUUGGACAGUAAAAUCAUCAAUUGGUAUUUGUCAUGUUUCAAAGGUUAAAUAAAAUCAUUUUUUACCUUA